GCGCUCUGAAGACAUUUUAGGGGAAGUCUUGGCCUUGGAGCAGCACCAGGGAUUGGACCCAGCCCAUGGAGAAGCUGCCUGAGCAGAUGUCCCCGGAGUCCCUGUGCCCAUCCUCCGAGCAGGAGCCUCGAAAGAGCAAGGACGAGAAAACUGACACCCAAGAAGAAGUAAAUUACCCAAGGUCACCCUGCUGGUAAUGGCAGAGCUGGAAUUCGAAUUGAGAUCUGCCCGGCUCGAGAUCACUUCCACCCCGUUUGGCGCACGGGUGCGCGAGGUCCGUUCUGCAAACAGCCCCGGAGGUCAGGUACCCCGGGCCGAGGGCCAGUUACCAAGAACCUGCGAGUUCCUGUCUGUUUUCAUCCCUGAAUCACCCCCAUUGGCCUAAGCUGGUCAUGGGGCGUCCAGUCUGCUGAAGAAGUCUGUGAGGCUGUAAAGUUUAUCCAGGUGAUGCUGACUUUGGAGGACAAGGACAUGAAGGGGUUCACGUGGGCCAUAGCCCCAGCCUUGACCUCCCUGGGCUACCUGCUUAUACUGCUGGUCUCCAUCUUUCCCUUCUGGGUGCGGCUUGUAAACGAGGAGUCCCACGAAGUGUUUUUCAGUGGCCUGUUUGAGAACUGUUUCCAUAUCAAAUGCUGGAAGCCUCGACCCUUAUCAGGCUCUGCGGGGCUCUGUCCCUUGUCACGGGUCAGGUGUCCAGCUGCAGCCCAGCCUCCCCUCCCUCACAGUGUACAUCAUUCUCGGCCGCGUUUUCCUGCUGUCCGCGGUUGUCCUGUCUUUCCUCACCACCUUCAUCCUGGUGUCCUUUGCAUCUCAGCUGUUUCCGAGGACCCGGAAGCACAAUUUGGUGUCAGCCUUCAUCAGCUUCCUCACAGGCUGGCCAAGGCCCUACCCUGGGAGGCUCCCAUCACAUGGAGGAGGUGGAACGCUCACAGUGGGAAAAUCAGGUUGAAUUGCACCCACAGCAUCACACCCAGAGGGCCCCGUCUGGAGUCAGCCAAUGGCACAGGCACAGAGGGGGCCAGUGCCUUCCUGGCCUUGUUGCUGCAUGCCCUGGAGAUCCAGAAUCUGAGGAUGAAGCCCAGCCCCCCCAAGUUCUCGGUGCAGUGGCCUUACUACGUUCUGGGCUUUGCCAUCCUUCUGUUCAUAGUGGCUGGUGCCAUCUGCCUCUUUCAAGAAGCAGCCUGCCUUUGCUGCCGUUUUUUGCCCAAUUCCCAGAGUAUCCAGGAGACCCAAGGGGUCAUACACCUGGAGAAUAUGGAGAGUCUGGGAGGAGACCUGAGCUCAAUACAAAAGGAGACACUGCUGAAGGAAGAAACAAUUAUCUAGUCCAGGAGAGCGUCCUCCGCCAUCGGCAGCUGUGUGAGUGCGUGUGUGGAGGCGUAAGCGGCAGCCAGUUUCUGCUGCUUUUGGUGAGCUUCCUGAGUGUCAGAUCCAUGUUCCACUUCCCCACACUCACAGUGAUUCUGUCUUGCUUGUAUUUGCAAUUCGUUAAAAAAUUUUUUUGAAUUUU